UCUUGAUCUUUGCAGCAUCACUUCAUAGCUUCAGUUUGUAUCAGGAAUAUACUCCUGACAGCGAUCCUUAUGCGAGCUGCUCUAUUCCCUCGGGAUUUUAACUGUUAGGAUCCCAUCGGGGGUACGUGGAAAAGCAUUUUCCCCACAGAUUUCAGCUUUUCUGAGGCUAAGGUCAUGCAAGCUAACGGGCUGGCUGCACCUGCACAUUAAAACAUUGCACCGCAUCACAUCAUGGAUCAUUUGCAAUUUGGACUCUAAAUUUGCCGUGCAGUUCAAAAAAAAAAAUAGGUCCCCUGGAGGAGGGAGAGAAACGUUCCGCUUUCAAAGGUUCUUGAGCCCAAAAGUACUGGAAGCUCUGCACCCACAUGGGCAGUGUUCUGGCCUUGUCUUCCAGCCCGGGCCAGCAGAACUGGCCUUUCUCCACGGACCCCCCUCCUUCUCGCUGGGAUACACAUCCUGCUCACUGGGAUAGUCCGCCGCGCUGGGAGAGGAGAGAUGGCCGGCUCCCCAACCCGGGCAGCUUCCACUCGCUCCACAGGAGCUGCAAAGAUGUGUUUCCUCAUCAGAUUGAAGGUGUCAAGUUGAUUGUCAAUAAGACUCUGAGCAGCUUCUUCAAGGUCAGCCAUACUCUCCACCUCAGUGCUGUAAGUCCGUCUUACUAUCGCUUCCAUGUCGAGCAUCUGCAGUCUGACGACUACAGUAAGGACAAGGAUGCCCCGGCACUGAUUGGUGAAAUGGACUCUUCAGGUAGUCUGAACGCUCAUUCUCUGCUGCAUCUCACUGAGCGUGUGCGAGCCAGAACCGUCUUCCAGACCCAGCAGUCUCAGUUCGUAACAUGGCAGUUUGAAACUGAGUACCGGGGCAACGACUUUACUGCUGCAGUGACGGUGGCCAAUCCGGACGUCCUCAGAGAGUCAGUUAUCCUGGUGGCGCACUUCCUCCAGAGCGUGUCUUCUGGACUGGUGUUAGGCGGGGAGCUCGUCUACCAUCGAGGACGGGCAGAAGAAGGAGGAAUUCUCACUUUAGCUGGACAGUACUCAAGACCAAACUGGGUGGCAACUCUGAACGCUGGUAAAGGUGGCGCCCACGCCAGCUACUAUCACAGAGCCAACAAGCAGAUUCAAGUUGGCGUGGAGUUCGAGGCCAGUACGAGGACGCAGGAAACCACGACCUCGUUCGGGUACCAGAUGGAGCUUCCAGAGGCCAACGUGGUGUUUAGAGGUAUGAUAAACAGCCGGUGCAUAAUCGGAGGUGUGUUGGAGAAGCGUCUGACCCCGCUGCCGGCCACGCUCAUCAUGGGUGCGUUUGUAAAUCACAAAGGUGAUAAGCUGCAGGUGGGGCUGGGCAUCAAUGUGGGAUAACCCCCAGCUGAACCUCACCGGAGUCCACCGCCAGGACUCCAUUCAGGGAUCCGUCGUAUUGAACUGACUGAACUGACCUUCCAGGGUUCGUCAGCCGCACCAGAACACUUCCUGCUCGUGCAUCUCACCGUGCAACCUACCUCCCAACACAGAGGCGAUGUUUUCUGAUAGGACCAAGAAAGAGUCGCACCGGAGGAAUGAGACGAGUGCAAAAUAUGCUGGAGACCCUCUGAAAACAGAAUGCACAUCAUUCUCUGGACAGUGAAUAAUCCGAAAGGCCUACUGGACUAUAAAGUUAAAAUAACGUCUUUUUUAUACCGUAGAUCGUGAUUAAGAAACAUUUAAUGUAUAUAGCUUAUAACUUGUAAAUAAGUGUUUUUUAUGUUUUAGCCCCUUACGUAGGAUUAAUUUAUUGUUGAUCAUUUUUAUUUACAAAAGAUAAUUAGAAAAAAAAACUAACAUUGAUUCCAGGGACAUAGUGAUUAAAAAAAGAAAGAAAUCUAACCAAAACUAACUCACCAUCAAUCUGAUGCUUUUUGCCAGGUGUCUCCUUGAAAGUCUGAGCUUCCUGGGGUCUGAAUGUACGAACGCAGAACAGUUCCACAGUGAACGCCCAGAAUUAAAACACGUUUACACUGGUAAACGAUGGAGAUCAUCAUGAAACGUCAGCAUGACCCCAAAUGAAACGUCCAGGGUGUGAAAAGAUUGUAUGAUUGUUGUUUGUUGGCUCAUCUGUGUUUUUUUGUUUGUUUCCAGCACAUGAAAGUGUAUGGAUUACACAUAAAACAUGUUGUUUGAGAGCUAAAAGGUGCUGCUGAUACUGAAGGACGGGGGAGAGGCUGAGCACUACGGAGGACUGUACUGUACUGUAUCUUUACAGAGGAAUGCAUGUGGAAACAGUGAGCUGAAUGCAACCGUUACUCUGUUAACACAUGAAAUGUUGUAAAAUGUUUUAUUUGUACACCAUGUUAUAUAAGCAUGAAGGGAAGUGCAAGGGAAAGAUUGAUUUUUUUUUGUCAAGAACCUAAUUUAUUAAAGAUGUUAUUUCUGUCAUA